CAAGUCCUGCUCCAGCUGAUUCUGAGAGAGGUCUGUUGAUUUCAGAAAGAGCAUUAGUCUUGACCUUUAUUUGCCUUUCAUUAUUCAGUCAAAUUAUUGGGAUUUAUUUUUUGGAAUUUAACUACCUAGGUAUCCAUUUUUCAGCAAGCUCUUCGUUAGUUUGGGAGUAAAGAAUUUUGCACAUGUAAUUAUGCCAGUUCAAGAGAAGUUAUAAUUUAUAAAAAAAUGUGUGGAAGGAGUCCUUGACAGGAGAUUGCAGGGUAAAAAACCUUUAUACAAUCUGGAAAUAGGCACGAUAUUAAUAUAGGUGUAAAAUGCUCUUAGUUUGAGAUUUUAUUUUCAGAACAAAGGUCACAGAUAUUAUAAAUUCACUGUUCAUAAUGGACAAGAUUGUAUUGUUAGCAUGCAAAUGUAUCUGUCAGUAUUUUGAGCAACAGAGUGCGCAUAGUCUAUGACAUAUGCUCACACAUACACAUGCAGCUGCAGUAGGCUUAGCAAUUUUAUGCAAGAAGGGAUCAAUGCAGUUUGUCCUUAUGCACAUACAGUAUUGUAUUCAUACUCACUUUAUAAACAAACCCACGAUAGCAUGUGUAAAUACAUGUAGAUGGCAUUUGUCUGUGACAGAGUUGGGUGAUAGGACCUUCUCAUUCUGCACCAUGGGUGAUACCAGCAGCAUUAAUGCGGGCCCAAACCACAUAGUUGCCUCUGCGAUCAAUAUGGAUUUCAGCAGACCCUGCUCUGCAUUAUUCAGGCCUGAUUCUUGAAGGGCAAUUUUCCCUCUGUGUAUGUCCCAGUCAGUUUUAGGCUUGCUUAUUGGCCAGUGCUUUUAGGGUUAUUUUGCUGCCAGUCAAGUCGCUCCACAGGAAGACAAGGGAGAGCAGUGUGUCACAGUAUCCUUACUGGUGCCAGCUUACAAACAACUCUGUGUUUAAGCUCCAUUUACCUUCCACUGGCUGAGGGUGUCAUUCUGACAGGACAUCAAUUUAAGGACCGCAGGUUGGUGCAGAAAGGAAGCUGCUCAUCAUUUGUGGCGAGGCAGUAAGUUAACCCUGGAAUCUGCUUGUGACAAGACAGAUUGGCCAGUCUACCCGGUACACUAGCCUGUCUCCCCUCACAAGCUUUAGUCUCCUUCCCAGGCCAUCCUCUCUACAGAGAGAAGACCGAUGUAACAGCCCUAGCUCUGCUAGCUGGUAGAUACAUCCACAGUUUGACCCUAGUCCUCCUGUCAUUGCCAGCAGUCUGUGUCUGGCCAAGCCAUCCUUCCCAGAGGACAUUAGCUUCACAGUACUACCAGGCUUUGUACAGGACAUCAGAAAGCACUUACCAUGGCUUUUAUUGCCAAACAGAUGGUGGGCAACCAGCUUAAAUCUGUAAAAGGAGCUCUGGGGGACAAAGAGGAGGAGACAGAAGAGGGUGGUGAGGGAGAGGCAGGAGGGGAAGAUCCCGAGAUUGUCCAGGCGAGACUAGAGGCUGAGGAGAAGAGGAAGGAGAAACACCGGAAGAUGGAGGAGGAGAGGGAAGGCAUGAGGCAGUCCAUACGAGACAAAUAUGGCUUAAAAAAGAAGGAGAUUCCAGCUGAAGAAGAGCCUUUAGGAGCCGAGGGCCGGAUAGGGAGGAAGAAAAAGACUCAGGCGGAGUUGGCAGCUGAAGCUAAUGCAGACUCAGAUGACGACGAGUUUGCAAAAUUCCCCUCCAAUUUAAGUGAGCUCACAGCUAAGGUCUCGGAAAUUCCUUCUAAGUUGGCUGACAGUGUUGGGGAGGUCACAAGCAAGUGCACUGUCCAGUGAGCUGGCAGGAUAGUCUCAUGGGGACCCUCCAUUCAAGACCUCCAGCAAGAGUUAUGAAGACUAUGAAAUAUGUGUAAAGGAUAAAAGUUUGGAGAAAGAGGUCUUCUAGGGGUGGAUAGAAACACACCCACCCGCACACACACACAUAACAGGUGCCUAAUAUCAGUAUAGUUGUCUUAUUUCCGUGAAGAGUAUAAAUGUAUAUUAUCACACAUUGUAACCCUAUGUUUAUAAUUGACACUCUACUAUUCAGCUGUGCAGUAGAGUACAGAUAGUCUCCCAUGUGGUGGUCAGAAGUUCUGGACAAGGCACAGUCGUAUAUACUGGGGCCAUUCAGGACGGUCAUCUGAUUUGCCAGUUUUGUUAGUGGUAUUUGAGCAGCCAAUCAAAAUGUUCAACUUGUCGGCAUAUUUGUUGUUGUUGUUUUACUGUAUUGAUACUCUUUUCCAUUAUUUAAUAAUUUUCUGGUGUGUUUUUUGAGCCGCCUUGUUGGUUGUAUAAAAACAUUUAAAUAUUUGGUGUUUUUAGCAAACAAUUUCUGAUAAAUUGAGUUUUUAUUCAUGUUGCUAACUUCGUCUCAUCAUAAAAGUGUGCCACUAUUUUUACCUAAUAGAGGAGUUCAAAAUACUUGGAAGUUGAGUCUUCUGCUUACAAAUAUGAAGUGCAGAUUGGCUUGACUCUUUAAAAUGGUUCCGUUUCGGGGAUCAUGUCAUUUGUAAGUAAGUUAAUUUCCACAACCAACCAAGAUAUUUUGAGUUCACAGUGUUAUCCGUAUUGAGCAAGAUUUAAAAACGUGACAUGAAUAUCAUAGAAUUAAAGGCUUUUUGAGUUCUGAUGUGUGGCUUAUUGUUAUUUUGAACACAAAACUGUGUAUCUUAUAUCCAGGAAUUCGCCAUAGUCACAGUUUUGGUUGUUUACUUAGUACUUGUGUGUAGAGCCCACAUGCUGAAAUACGAAAUGUGUUUCUAAAGGAAUAUGCCUGACCAAUGUAUGGUCUACAAUGCAAUAGUCUCUUUUAGACAAUACAAAUGCGCUCACUUUCAUGUGAUAGAUAUUUGUUCCCGGUUGUUUUCGUAUCAGAUUUUACUUAAUGUUUAUUUAUGCUGUUUAUUUCACUGGCAUAAUAUUUGAUAAACUUUUUUUUGUGUGUGUGUUUUUAAGCCACGUGUUAGUAAGAUUUGUUCUGUUAUUUUUCUUGACAUUAUGGAGAGUUUGCUAUCAGCAAUAACACAGUGAAAGAUCAGCACUAUUGUAAAUACAUUUGAAAUAGAAUGGUGAUUGAUUGACAUGCAUACAUAGUCUCACUGCCCCCUAUGACUGCUUUGUCUGUAGCUUGUUUUAUCUUGGUACAGUAUAUAUAUAUAUAUAUAGACACAGUAUGACGUGUUGUGCAGAAUUACACUCAGAAAAUGGAGGCUAAAAUCCAAGUUGCAUCUCAAGGAUUUCCAUCAGCUUUUACACAGCUAUCUUGUGUUCAUAUUUCCAUUGUAUAUUUCCAUAAUGCUUGGACUCUACUAUAUAGUAACAGUAGGGAAGCACAAGUACAGGAUGUAGGUGUUGGUAGGUUAACUUGGCACACAUAGGGCACAGUACACAGUUUUAGUCUGCCCUGUACUGCACAUCAUUCUUGUGGCAUUUGUUUCACCGUAUGUCCCGAAGAACCCAACAGUCUUUGUUCAGGACCAAAUUGUUCAUUUGUUUGGUAUGUAAUACUCAUCUUUUAUUUGUUAACAAGAUUGGAGACAUGUUAAAAACUGUGUAAGAAAUACAAACAUUAACACAUGUAUCUAGUAAGUUGAUUUAUCUCUAUGGAAGAAUUCAUUUUGUAUGUGUACAUUUCCGUUUGCUUUCUGGCACCUUCUGUAAUUUGUGCUGUGGGCUGCACCUGUGGAUAGCAUCACAUUUUGCACUUGUUUUCAAAGCAACCUCAUCAGGGUCUUCAAGGCUGGCAAAGUUUGUAUAGUUUCAAGAUGUUUAGCAAUAAUCUAGUUCAGCCACAAGGUUCAUAUUGUUCUGCAGAGAAAAGCAUAGGGUGUGAGUAGAAAGGGAAUGUGCUAGGUUUGGUCAGUUACAUGUAGAAUGUUUAUUUCAGUUGUGUUAUUAAUGCACAAAUCAAGUACAGAAACUGUGUACUUCUGAGUAUCGGCUGAAAGGAGAACUGACUAACAGUUCAAGGCUUGGUGUAAGAAUAACAUUUGGAGCCAUGGCAUACAUUGGAUACAUCUAAAAUAGUGCUUUUAGCAGGCACGCAUGCAAACUGAAUGUUAAAUGCAAAUGGUUACAGAUUUUUAAGUUGUCAGGUACUGGAAAGAAAUUUGAUCUCAGUUUCGAAUGCACUUAUUUUGUACACAGACUAGUGAACAAGGUAACAUGUAGAUUCACAUAGCAGGCUCCAAUAUUGCUGAUUGUACAUAAUGUAUCAUUAACUUAUUUACAGUUUAUUCUUACUUACAUGAUCUCAUAUUCAGGUUAUUUGUUAACCAGAAAGGAUUCAUAGUUUUGGCUUCCCGUAUCUAUUCUAGGGAGAAUUUCCAUUUAGAAUAAAAACAGACGUUAUACCUAUAUUUUCCUUAUCUGACAUUCCAGGUCAUCCUUGUAUAAUGCUACAUGGAGUUAGUAUUGUUUUAACAUCAUUCUACCUGUUCCAGACAAAUCGUUUUAUUUACCUGUUUUAUUUUUUUUUUUAGAAUUACCAUUAAAAUUACAUUUAAAUAAUUUGAAUAAAGUUAUCUGUUAUAGCGUGAAAAUAUUCUGCUCUCAUGUACAAAUAUAGGAUCCUAGAGAUCAUUGUGAACAAAUAAAAUUACUGUUACAGUAAUCAGUU